AACUGCAGGAAAAGGCUGCAAAGUUGUUUGGGGUGGAGCAGACCCUGUUUGUACCCACCAACACCAUGGCCAACCUUAUCUCUGCCAGUGGAGCACCCUGGAAGAUGGUAGCAGGAGGAGUGAGGUCUGCAAGUCUCUGCCACUCCCUAGCUCUUCCUCCUCCUCAGUCUUCUGAUGGGGCCUGGCCACUGCUCGUGCCCUGGACUGCCUGUUCCUGGGGACAGCACUCGGGCACUCUUCCCUGUUGGGAAUGUUCUGCAGUGGGCCACAGGGCUCUGAUGCAGGUUGAUAAUGUCCAGCAUUUACAGCAAAGCCAUCCCAGGGUCGUGUAGCAUGCCAGCCUUUUCUUCACAUGGCAGUGAGGUAUCUUAUGGGGUGCUCCUUGCUAACUGAGAAGCAGUCUGACCACACUGAGCAGGCAGGGGCAGUGGAACCCUCUUGGACCCAGUUCCAAGUCCUGCCCUCCUCCUACCUAUCAGUGAUGUGUCACUGCCGGCGCCGGGGUUCCCAGGUCCUCCUUGGGCAAGAAUGCCAUCUCCACGUCUAUGAGCAAGGCGGGGUGGCUCAGAUUGCUGGAGUGCACUCCCACCCCCUCCCAGACAUGCCCCAUGGCACCCUGGACCUGAAUGAGCUAGAGAGGGCACUCACUCGGGGCUUCGGGAGCUCCUACCAUCCAGUCUGCGAGCUUGUGUGCCUGGAGAACACACACAGCAGUGCCGGCGGCCGGGUACUCCCCAUUGACUACCUCCGCCAGGUGCGCCUCCUGGCCCACACCUAUGGAGCACGGGUCCACCUGGAUGGGGCGCGGCUGAUGAAUGCAGCCGUGGCUCUGCGUGUGCCCCUUGCCCGCCUUGUGGAGCACUGUGACUCUGUAUCCUUCUGUUUCUCUAAGGGCCUCGGUGCCCCGGUGGGGGCUCUGGUAGGGGGAUCCAAGGACUUCGUUGAAGAAGCCUGGCGCCUCCGCAAAGCCCUGGGUGGAGGCAUGCGCCAGGCUGGAGUACUGGCUGCAGCUGCCCUGGUGGGACUGGCUGAGGCAGAGGAGGUACUGCCAAGGGACCAUGAGAAUGCCCAGAGAUUCGCUAAAGGACUCCAGGCCCUGGCAUCACCCAUUUGCUCUGUGGAUCCUGCCACUGUGGAGACCAACAUGGUGCUGGUGCAGGUGGCUGGCCUGCCUCCUACAGAGCUGUGCCGGCGCCUACAGGCUGUGAGCACUGAGGAGGUGGUUCAGACUGGCUGUGCCGUGAGUGUGCUGCUGUUUCCCUGGACAGAACACUCUGUGCGGACUGUGUGGCACCGAGAUGUAUCUGCUCAGGACACUGAACUGGUGCUGAGGAAAUGGGAGUUUGUGCUGAGAGAGUUGAUGCCCUGAGGUCAGGGGACCAGAAACCCUGUGCCCUGGCUAGGAUUGAAGUGGGGAAUAAGGUGCCCCAAGCCAUUAGCCUGGUGAAGGCCGGUUUUUCAGGGGGAUGAUGACACCACUCAGCCUCUGGUUUCCUCCAGCAACUCUCAUGUGACGGCCUCAUUCAGUCAGGAAUAACCAGGCAUAGGCUGGGAUAAGAUGUGGCUGAACAUCCAGAGAAGGAAAUGGCCAGGCAGUGGUGGCACACGCCUUUAAUCCCAGCACUUGGGAAGC